AUGUCUGAUCCCGACGACGAACAUUCGCUCCAACUAGACGACUCCUCUGCUUACUAUUCCAAAUUAACUCGACUGCACGCUGAUCUUGGCUCGGUCCCAUUUGACAAGCUCCAGCCAAGACUUAACAAGGCUUACACCAAAGUUAUGGACAUGAAGGGGCCAGUUUGGACGUCUACGUACCUGGAUGAGAUCAGCGAGUCGGUGAGCAUAGCCAAACGGCCCAAAUUCAGGAAGCACAAGCCUGUUACAAACAUCUAUCAGCAUGGCUACAGCAUCGUUAGUGGCACUACCCCCAAGGAGUCGUAA